UAAUUUCAUCGGAUCAUUCUAUUCCAAAACCAAGGCUAUGGUGGAGGAUCUGCUGAAGAACUAUGAGAAUGUGUGCACAUUACGAGUCAGAAUGCCCAUCUCAUCUGAUUUAUCCAACCCUCGUAACUUCAUCACUAAGAUCACUCGUUACGACAAAGUAGUUGACAUUCCAAAUUCCAUGACAAUACUAGAUGAACUCCUCCCUAUAUCAAUUGAGAUGGCCAAGAGAAACCUCACUGGCAUAUGGAACUUCACAAACCCUGGAGUGGUCAGCCAUAAUGAGAUUCUGGAGAUGUAUAGGGAAUACAUUGAUCCAAACUUCACUUGGAAGAACUUCACCCUUGACGAGCAAGCAAAGGUCAUUGUUGCUCCGCGAAGCAACAAUGAGCUUGAUGCUACCAAACUAAAGAAGGAAUUUCCUGAGCUCUUGUCAAUCAAGGAGUCCCUUAUACAAAAUGUGUUCAAGCCUAACCGUAAGACCCCUGUGGCUUGAACAAUUUGUGGUUCGUGUUUUGUUUGGAGAUUCUAUAUUUGCUUUAUUUUCAUGCCUGUGGACAUUACAGGUUCUUUUUACCAAAUGUAGCCUGUCAUAGCUUUUUGUCUGUUUUGACUUUUGAGUUUUUUAUUUCUAUUAUUUCAGUAUGAAUAAUUUGGGAAUAUCCCUUUCCGUGUAUUACUUGUUCAAAAGAAUUAGACUUUUGUUCAAACUUCUAGCUGCUUGUUUAAUUUUUAGUUUCAUUCUGCAUGCUGUUUAUAUUCCUACUUUUCCCA